AUGAAGUACUCGACCUCCGUCACGAGCUCCCGUCGCAAGACGCGCAAGGCGCACUUCACCGCCCCGAGCAGUGAGCGCCGUAAAAUCAUGUCCGCCCCGCUCGCGAGCGAACUCAAGGCGCAGUACGGCGCGAACGCGGUGCCGAUCCGCGUGAACGACGAAGUGCGCGUGACGCGCGGGAAGUUUAAGAAUCGCGAGGGGAAGGUUGAGCAGGUGUAUCGCAAGAAGUGGGUGAUUCACAUCAAGAAUAUCACGCGCGAUAAGGUGAACGGCGCGACGAUCAACGUCGGCGUCGACCCGUCCAAGGUGCUCAUCACCAAGCUCCACAUGGAUAAGGAUCGCAAGGCGCUCUUGGCGCGCAAGGGUGGUGCUAAGGGCACGGACGCCGCG